UCGUCAUCAUGGUCCUAGAGCCGUCCCCCGCCCUGCAGCCAGUCAACAGCAAUCACUGUGUCUCAAUGUAAAUGCAGCCGUGUACCGAGACGCUUUCCAGGCUUUCGACCAGCUAUUAAUGUCCUAAUUCAGAUGGCCUCUCCUCAGCCUGGCAGCCCACCUCUUGCAGAGCAGUGCACCCCUCCUGCACAGGAUGAAGAGAGCCAACAAGAGGAAGAGCUGGUGAAGGAUCAGCCUGCAAAAAAACGUGGCAGAGGCAGGCCACCAAAAGCCAAACCUUCCUUUAAAUGCUCUGCAUGCACGGAGGCUUUCAGGAGUCUGUCAGCGCUGCGGAGCCACAAGCUUUCGUCACAUGUAAAGGACCGUCAGCAGCAACACUCGUGCUCUCAGUGUACUAAAACAUUCUCGAGCAAGGCUCAACUCUCAAAGCAUGAGCGUACACACUCGGCCCAGCGCCCCUUUCAGUGUCCCGACUGUCACAAGGCUUACAAGACACCAACAGAGCUACGCAACCAUAGCCGCUCUCACACCGGGGAGAAACCAUUUGUAUGCACAGAGUGUGGUAAAGCCUUUAUGCAAGCUAUAUGCCUGAGGAUCCAUAUGACACAGCACAGUGGAGAGCGUCCCUACUCUUGCCGCCAGUGCUCGAAGAGCUACCCCACCCUGUCUAAACUGAAGGUGCACAUGCGCUCUCACACGGGAGAAAAGCCAUACUUCUGUGCUGAGUGCGGUAAGAGUUUUGCCGAUCCCUCUGUGUUCCGAAAACACAGGAGGAACCACCAAGGCCAUCGGCCGUACGCUUGCGAUGAGUGCGGGAAAACGUACACGGAGCUGAAGGACCUGAAAAAUCACGAGCGCUCGCACACUGGAGAAAAACCAUUCCUGUGCUCAGACUGUGGCAAAGCCUUCUCCCGCUCCUCCUCCUUGGCUUGCCAUCAGCGCAUUCACUCCCAGAAUAAACCCUAUCAGUGUGAGCAGUGUGGUAAAGGCUUCACUCAGCUCUCCUCCUAUCAGUCUCAUCUCCGCACUCACUCUGGCGAGAAGCCGUUCCUCUGCCCUCAGUGUGGCAAGAUGUUUUCUGACCCUUCCAGUUUCCGCCGCCACCAACGAGCCCACUUGGGUUUCAAGCCAUACCCCUGUGAUAAGUGCUCCAAAAGAUUCCGGCAGCCGGCUGAUCUGGCCGUGCACGAGCGUGUUCACUCUGGAGAGCGGCCUUAUAAAUGCCAGAGCUGUGACAAGGCCUUUGUAGCAUCAUGGGAUCUGCGGCGCCACAUGCUGGUCCACACAGGUCUUCGUCCCUUUUCUUGCACUGAGUGUGACAAGUCAUUUGCAGAGCGCUCCAGCCUCAACAAGCACCGCCGUGUGCACUCUGGAGAGAGGCCUUUCAAAUGUGAGGAGUGUUUGAAGUCAUUCGUGGUGUCCUCAAGCCUGCGAAAACAUGAGAGGACUCACCUAGCUGAGCAGUCUGAGCAGCAGCAGCAGCAGCAGCAGCAACAACAACAACAACAGCAACAUGAGACAGAGACUGGGUCAGCCUCAGGCUUCACAGCCCACACAACUCUCCCUCAGUUCUCCUGUACUCACUGCGAUGCUACAUUUGGAAGCUGGGAUGAAGUUCAGGCGCAUGAGAAUCUCCACUCCAUCGACUCUACUCCUCCGACUGUUACCAAAAUCGUGCCCACGGGCACACAUGCCUGUGAAGCCUGCCAGAUAGAGUUUGCACUGCUGGCAGACUUGCAGGAGCAUGAGAGGCAGCAUCCCAAACCGAGGCCUCAUGUCUGCAACAGCUGUGGCAAAGGCUUCCUUAACAAAUCUGGACUGCGUAAACACCAGAAGAUCCACUCCACAAGCAAACCUCACAGCUGCCCACACUGUGGCAAAGCUUUCCUGUUUGCUGCCUACCUUCGCAAGCACUUACGGACUCAUGCGGCCGCCACACAACUCAGUGACCUAAACAUUAUUCACACUGACCCGCUCCCUUCUCCUCCUCCCCCCAGUGAGGUUUCCUCCUCCACCGUUGAACCCAGCGCCAUAUCCCUGACAGUUCCAGUGACCGUACCUGUACCUGUGACUGCUUUUCAGUCUCUGCCAGAGUACUUAGUCAAAGAAGAGGGUCUUUAAGCUUUUUCUUUUUACCGUUUCGGAAUCUUUAUUCCACAAAUAUUUAUCCAGUGGCCUUAAAUCUUUUUCGAUGAUGGGUCUGAUGAGGUGUUGCUUUUCGAAAAACCUUCAAAAAGGUCAAAAUAGAGUCGACUUCAUGUAAAUGUAUCAGCGCUUUGUCACAGUUUUGCGUUGUCAUGAUAUUUGAAAGAUGUUAUGUAUGAUGCUCAUGUUUUAAAAUAUAUACUGUACUAUAAGUAACCUACUAUGAAAUUAUGUAUUCUGUUAUCUAUUCAUAAAAAAUGUGGUGUUGCAAACAUGUAUGCUGAUCACCUAGAUGUUGUACAUUCAGGUAAAUGUCUUUUUUAUAAUGCUUUAAAAGAAUUACAGCAUGUGUUAAAUUCUUUGAAUUUACAGUGUGUGUAGAAACAAACAACUUUUACCUGUUUUACUUUGUAAAUAUUACUAAUAUUAUAAAAGAUUGUCGCGUAAAAAAAAUAAUGUCUGUGGCAUUCCAAAACAUUUAAUUACCUU